UUGUGUGGAAUCUCAGGGAGGUAUCUGUAAUUUAUCCAAAAUAAAAAGCGCGCAGACACACGUAAGAGCUUCAAAUCAGGGAUUAGAGACACACAAGACCAAACCCAUUUCUCUCUCUUGAAUUUCUCUGACGACUCCGUUUUUGAUUCACUUCCAGUCGAAGACAAAUAUUUUUUAUGGCUAUUGCCCUGAAAUCAGCUUGCUUCUUGCAAUUGAAGAAACCAGAGGUCAAUUUCCAGGGCUUUCUUCCCUCCAAGAGAGCUAUUGUUUCAGUAAAGAGGUAUACUCCAGUGGCCGCUAUCAAGACGAUGGAAACAGUUGGGCUCUCUGAAACCUUCACUAGGCUGAAGAAACAAGGAAAAGUGGCAUUCAUUCCAUACAUCACAGCUGGUGAUCCUGAUCUUUCAACCACAGCAGAAGCACUGAAAGUUCUUGAUUCAUGUGGCUCCGACAUAAUUGAGCUAGGUGUUCCAUACUCAGAUCCUUUGGCAGAUGGUCCUGUUAUCCAGGCUGCUGCUACUCGUUCUCUAGCAAAGGGCACCAAUUUUGAUGCUAUUAUCUCUAUGUUGAAAGAGGUUGUUCCACAAUUGUCUUGUCCAAUUGCACUUUUUACUUAUUACAAUCCGAUACUAAAGCGUGGCACUGAGAAAUUUAUGUCUACCAUUAGAGACUGUGGUGUUCACGGACUUGUAGUUCCCGAUGUUCCUCUGGAAGAGACAAAAACUUUAAGGAUGGAAGCAAAGAACAAUGGAAUUGAACUGGUAAACUUCUUUUUUACCCGAACUCAUAAUUACAGAACCUUUCAAGUUGAGCAUGAUGGAGAAGGCAUGGUACUCUUGACCACACCUACCACACCAACAAACAGAAUGAAAGCCAUUGUGGAUGCGUCGGAAGGAUUUGUGUAUCUUGUGAGCUCAGUGGGUGUCACCGGAGCCCGAGCAUCGGUUAGUGAUAAGGUUCAAACUCUUUUGCAGGAAAUCAAAGAGGCAACAACUAAGCCAGUGGCAGUUGGUUUCGGGAUAUCGAAACCUGAGCAUGUGAAACAGAUAGCAGGAUGGGGGGCAGAUGGUGUGAUUGUUGGAAGUGCUAUGGUGAAGCUGCUUGGUGAGGCUAAUUCGCCUCAAGAGGGAUUGAAAGAACUGGAAAACUUAACCAACUCCUUAAAAUCAGCACUUCCUUGAAAUUAAUUAGCUUUUAAGCCCAGAAACUUCAAACUAGUUGUGUCUGCAUAGAUAAUAAUGGUUUGAGUAAUUGGUAAUGAUAAUAAUAAUAAUAAUGGAUUGAAUAAGGAUUUAUUUUUCUUAUCUUAUAGAUGUGAAAUUUUAUCCUUCUCCAUAGUAAAGCCAUAGUAUCAGCAUGGACAAGUAGCUACAACUUAACAUAAAAUUAUAUAUACAGAUUCAAAUUUCGUUGU